AUGGCCACUCGACCUCUCAUCUCUCUGCAAUUCCUUGCUUCCUCUUCUCUUUCAUCUUCUUCGUUAAACCAAACCCCACAAUUUCUCUUCCUUCCUAAUUCCACUAAACCCAGAAAAACCCGCAAAUGCUCGAGGACAAGUGUUCAAUGCUCGUCUAGUCUCAUCAUCAGUCCUUCCCUUCUCUUCCUAAACGGCUUCGAUGGCGGUGGAUUCGUCGAUACACAGACCUUCAUUGUCACUAUCAGUCUCGUCGUUGCAAUUGCACUCUCUCUUUUCCUCGGCUUCAAGGGAGAUCCAGUUCCAUGUGAGAGGUGUGGUGGAAAUGGCGGAACGAAAUGUGUCUUCUGUCAAGAAGGGAAGAUGAAAGUGGAAUCUGGUAUUGUUAACUGCAAAGUCUGCAAAGGAUCAGGUUUGAUUUUCUGCAAAAAAUGUGGAGGUUCUGGAUAUUCUCGCCGUUUAUAA